GGGUGGAGGGGACGGUGUCCCUGCUCUCUGGUCAGCCACAUUAGCGGGAAGCAGGCAGCCAUUUCUCCCUGACCCUGACUUCUUUCACGCGGAGAUGUGGCCGGGAGAGAGGAUGUAAGGAGGUAGCUAGGAGAGUCCCCGCUCAUGCGAAGCCGGCACCUCUCAGCUCUGACCUUGUGGUCAGUAGCCUAGGCCGCAGGUGGCCCUCACCGGUGCAUCUCUUCUUUAAUUCCUUUUCUCCGUUCAUUUGUCCCUACUUCUACUCUCUGCGGGCCCAUUGGGUGUCAUGAAGGAACUGCCAGUCUUGGACCCUGGAGAGAAGCCCAGGAAAGCUACAUGGUCUGUACACUUUGACUCGCCCUGGAGACAAACCCUGCCCUCGAGUCGGCCACAGCUGCUCAUAUUUACCCCCAGUUGGUGAUGCCAAGAAAGGGAAGGUCUUCAUUGUAGGGGGAGCAAAUCCAAACCAAAGCUUCUCAGAUGUACACAUCAUGGAUUUGGGAACACAACAGUGGGACACAGCUACCAUGGAAGGUCUCUUGCCUCGGUAUGAGCAUGCCAGCUUCGUUCCCUCCUGCACUCCUCACAACAUCUGGGUGUUUGGGGGUGCGGACCAGUCAGGAAACCGAAAUUGUCUACAAGUCUUAGAUCCUGUAACCAAGACUUGGACCACACCAGAAGUGAGCAGCCUUCCACCAUCCCCAAGAACAUUCCACACAUCCUCAGCAGCUAUUGGAAACCAGCUAUAUGUCUUUGGAGGAGGAGAGAGAGGUGCCCAGCCUGUGCAGGAUGUGAAGUUGCAUGUAUUUGACGCAAACACUUUGAUGUGGUCUCAGCCAGAGACACAUGGAAAUCCUCCGUCUGCUCGGCAUGGCCAUGUGAUGGUGGCAGCUGGGACGAAACUCUUCAUCCAUGGAGGCUUGUCAGGGGACAGGUUCUUUGAUGAUCUCCAUUGCAUUGAUAUAAGUAACAUGAAAUGGCAAAAGCUUAGUCCCACAGGGGCUGUUCCAGCAGGCUGUGCUGCCCACGCUGCCGUGGCUGUGGGAAAACAUGUGUAUGUGUUUGGAGGAAUGACUCCCACUGGAGCACUGAACACGAUGUACAAGUAUCACACAGAAAAGCAGCAUUGGACCUCACUUCAGUUUGAUACUUUCCUACCCCCUGGACGACUGGACCACUCCAUGUGUGUCAUCCCAUGGCCAGUGAUGUCCACCUCUGAGAAUGAAGACUCAGAUUCUGUCAUUCUAAACUGUGAAGCCGAAAAAGGGGAUGAUGUUGACAAACAAGUAUCUCAGAGUGGUGGGUCACCUGAGGAAAGCCAGACUACCACGUUGCUCUGUUUUGUGUUCGGUGGGAUGAAUACCGAAGGGGAGAUUUAUGAUGAUUGCAUUGUGACUGUAGUUGACUAAUAAAACCCACAUUUUUAUUAUUUGUUAUUUUUUACAAAA